CGUGGAGCGCGCCGAGGUGCCGGCCUGGGACCGGACGCCGGUCGGCGCGCAGGCUCAGGUCGCUGCUGCUUGGAACUUGCGGAGCGGUUCUGUCGCCACUGCCUCGGCCUCAGGUUCGGGUGCGUCCGGCCGGGUGCGACAGUCUCGGGUGGGAGCAGGCGGAGGUGCGGCGCGGCCCGGGGCCGCAGCCCUCGCAGGCGGCCGCCGCCAGCCGCGCCUUCGCAGCGAACUCCAUGCAUCCGGAGCCUGCCCCGCCCCCGAGCAGCAGCAAUCCCGAGCUUCCCUUGAGCGGCGGCAGCAGCACCAGCGGCAGCCGCCGGAGCCGCCGCCGCAGCGGGGACGGGGAGCCCUCGGGGGCCCCACCGCUGCCGCCACCGCCCGCCGUCAGCUACCCGGACUGGAUCGGCCAGAGUUACUCCGAGGUGAUGAGCCUCAACGAGCACUCGAUGCAGGCGCUGUCCUGGCGCAAGCUCUACUUAAGCCGCGCCAAGCUCAAAGCCUCCAGCCGGACCUCGGCUCUGCUCUCCGGCUUCGCCAUGGUGGCGAUGGUAGAAGUCCAGCUGGAUACGGACCACGACUAUCCUCCGGGGCUGCUCAUCGUCUUCAGCGCCUGUACCACGGUGCUGGUGGCCGUGCACCUCUUUGCACUCAUGAUCAGUACCUGUAUCCUCCCCAACAUCGAGGCAGUGAGUAACGUGCACAACCUCAACUCGGUCAAAGAGUCCCCCCACGAGCGCAUGCAUCGCCACAUCGAGCUGGCCUGGGCCUUCUCCACCGUCAUCGGGACGUUGCUCUUCCUGGCCGAGGUGGUGCUGCUCUGCUGGGUCAAGUUCUUACCCCUCAAGAGACACUCAGGUCAGCCAAGCCCCACCAAGCGCCCUCCUGAACCAGCCGUCGCCGCCAACAGCAGCAGUGCUGGCAUCACCCCGGGUGAGGCGGCAGCCAUCGCCUCCACGGCCAUCAUGGUCCCCUGUGGCCUGGUUUUCAUUGUCUUUGCCGUUCACUUCUACCGUUCGCUCGUCAGCCAUAAGACAGACCGGCAGUUCCAGGAGCUCAACGAGCUGGCCGAGUUUGCCCGCUUGCAGGACCAGCUGGACCACAGAGGGGACCACUCCCUGACACCUGGCACCCAUUAUGCCUGAGUCCUCAGCUUCCUACUGGCCCUGUGGAGCUUUCGCCUUAUGCCCUUCCCCAUGACCUUGUCUGGAGGACAGCCUGUGCAGGCAACUGGGCUUUACGGGGCAGAGUGUGGAAGGAAGAUGUUUAAAAAAAACGAAAUCACUGCACUUUGAGACUUUCUUCAGUGAGAAUAAGCACUCCCUGUUCUUCCAGCUCUGGGUCCCCCUCCUGGUAGGAUGUGGGGUGUGUGGGACAGAUGCGCUCUUUGUCCUUUCUCCUCCCCCACGCCAGUGCCACCCGGAUGCUUCCUGUCCUGUCCUCCUCAGCCUCCUUCCCAGUCCAUGGGGUGUGUGUGUGUGUGUGUGUGUGUGUGUGUGUGUGUGUGUGUGUGUGUGUGUGUGUGUGUAUAAGUAAUGCAUAAAAUACACUCACAAGGGACACUGCUUCUUCCUGUCUAUGUUUGUGGGGUCUGGACUGCCUGAUAGGAUGUCCCAGUCAGGUGAGCCACAAUACAGUCUUUUUAAAAAUUGAGAGACAGGGGAUCAGGGACAAAACACUAGCCUGAUACAGCCAAAACCUUGGACUCAGUCCACCAACUCUACAAAAACUGUGUUGCUGGGCAUAGAACCCAGGAACUUGACCAGACACUCGCCCUCUGAGCUAUAUUCCAAGACAUGUUUGGAAAUUUUCUUCUCAAAAGAAGCCUUCACAGACUGUAGUUAAACUGUGUACCCAUUUGUUUCUUUUGGAGGUAGUUAUAAAGUCACCAGAAACCUGUGUACACAACUGAGCCACUAAUUCUAGGAGAAACUCAAAGUUAGGCUCCUGCUAGCCUCUAGUCACAAUAUUUUUGUUUCAUGAUUAAAAUAUUACAUUGUAUUAGGUGUAAUUGAACAUAAAGAAUAUAUAUUUUGCAGGGUAGGAGAGAUGACCCAGUGGUUAAGAACGGUUGGCUAUUCUUCCAGAAGACCUAGGUGUGCAGUUCCAGGAGAUCAGCAGCCUCUUUUGGCCUUUAUGGGGACUUGUCACACAUGGAGUUCAGAGACAUACAGGCAAGGCAAAACACUCACACACAAAACAUUCUAAGACCUGGGUGGUGGUGGUGCACACCUUUAAUCCCAGUGCUCUGGAAUCAGAAGCAGGUGGAUCUCUGUCAGAGGCCAGCCUGGUUUACAGAUUGAGUUCCAGGACAGCUAAGGCUACACAAAGGAAUCCUGUUUCAGAAAAAAAAAAAGGUUUCAUGUAGCUCAGUCUUGCUAUGUAGUGGAGAAUUUUGAACAGCUGAUACAUACGCCUCUGUCUCCCCGAGUUCUGGGAUGACAGGUACACUGCUAUACCAGGUGUUUUGCAGAGCUGGGGAACAAAGAAAUCCAGAGCCCUCCUCCCCCCUCCCCAAUGCCGAACAGGCUCUCUAGGAACUGAGUGACAUCCCUACACCAAUAUUAACAUUUUUUUAAUGUGCAUGCCUUUGAUGGCCAGAAGAGGGCAUCACAUCACCUGGGAACUGAACUUACAGGCAGUUGUGAACCACAGUGUAGGUGCUGGGAACAAACAUGGAUGUUCUGUGAGAAUUGUUUCAUCACUGAGCCAUCUGUCCAGCCCAGAUACUUUUUUUUUUUUUAAGUGCUCAGACCUGUGGUUUUACAGGAUGCCUUGUUAGUUUAGCUUCUCUUGAUAUUGUUUCAUGGUUGUAAUCAGAUUGUGCAUGUUGACAAGAAUAGUCUGGGAUUGUGUCAGUCAGUCUGAAACAACAAACCAGGGCUAGCUAGCCAUUAGGUGUGUGGGAUGUCCUAAGUACCGAGUGCUCCUCAUGGGCCCUCAGCAUUCUCAGCAUGGUAGUCUUCCCUAUGCAGGAAACAAAACCUAUGCUCAAGAAAGUUAAUGUAGCACGCCUUUGUGUCACGUGACCAGGUAGGUAGUGGGGCAAAAGGGGGCAACUUAGAGCAUUUAUCUCAGCUAGUGGUCACAGAGAUGUCAGUCAUCUUGAUGGAGAGGGUAUCAGGGGCAUCAGUGUGUGUCACAGCAGCCAAGCAUCAAGGGGACCUAGGAAGUGACCACAGCAAGAUACAGUCCCUGAGGAUGCUCACCCAGUGACCUUCCUGUCAAACACCACCUCCCAUGUCUCACCACCUCCCAAUAAUGCUGUGGAGGAAUGACUCCCUGCCAUUGAUUAGGUCAGAGGCCUUCUGAGCUAAUCGUCUUUGGACAUGCUUGCACAGUCCCCGAGGUGCUUUCCUAAUCCCCUGGGCUCUUCCUAAUCCAGUCAAAUUGACAGUGAAGAUUAACUAUCUAUCACAAGUAACUUGCCAGGCCUCAAACCCUGAAGAUGGCUCAGAGCUCAGGGACUCGAAAGAAUCUUACCCAGGCAAGUUCUGGCAUUGCUUGAAGAAUGGGAAGGCCCAGGGGGCCCUGGGCCCACCUUGCAGAGCUACAAUGAGCAGGUACUGAGCUUUAGCCACCACUACCCAGGACCUAUCUUUGCCACAGUCCCCACCAGUCCCUCUUGUUGGUUUCACACUAGGCCACUUAGUAUUGCUUCCCUUGGAUGUCAGAUGGUUCAGCAGGAAAAGGAGCUGCCCCAAGUUUGACCACCUACGUACAUUCCCCAGAGCCUGCAUGGUGGGAGGAGAGAGAAUCAGUCCUAGUUGUCCCCCGACCUCCACACAUGGCAACGUGGAACUUGGACACAGUCAUACACAAUAAAUGCCGUUUUUAAGACGUUGCUUACCUGACUCCCCCAGGCCCUGAGUUUGAGAGGUCUGUCCCGGAACUGCAAUGUACAAAGUGGUUUUGCUUGCCCUCUUUCUAAUGGUGCUGAGCCUCACACCUAGGGCGUUGUGCGUGAUAACCAGGCGUCCUUCCGCUGUGCUGUGUCACUGGACCCUAUAAAGUAGUUUGGGAGCCUAAUGUCUGUCCCACUCCUAUCACGUUGCAUCUGCCCUGCAUCUCAGCAUCUUAUGCACCAGGACCAUCCACAAGAUACCAGGCACAACUGGGGAGGGUCCCCAGUGCUACCUCUGCUCCCCAGAGAAGCCUGGAUAUCACUCCCGUAUUAAGUCACCUUCCUGCUUCUGCAGAAACACAGGAUCCUGCUGGAAUUACUCCUGGACGAUGACUGAAGUCUAAUGUUUUGUUUCCUGAAUGUGUAUGGAUUAAGAAUCACCAAACUGGCUGGGCGAUGGUGGCAUACGCCUUUAGUCCCAGCACUCAGGAGGCAGAGGCAGGCAGAUCUCUGUGAGUUUGAGACCAGCCUGGUCUACAAGAGCUAGUUCCAGGACAGCCUCCAAAACCACAGAGAAACCCUGCCUCAAAAAACUCAAAAAAUAAAUAAUUAAUUAAAAAAGAAUCACCAGGCUGGCUUGUAGAAUACAGAUCCCCAAACAUCACCAUCCCCUAUGAGCUGAUUCAGGUUGGCAGGUUGGUCUGGGUAUGUUUCUGGAAUCUUUCUAACAAGUAUCCAGACAUCUUGAGUACUCCUUAAGGACCUAGGCUCAGAGUUGAGAUGUAGCCCAUUGGUAAAGCAUUUGCUUAGCCUACAGCAGGCUUUGUGUUCCAUCCAGCACCAACGGAGACGAGUAAAUAAAAACACAGUUUCUCUGC